AGUCCUAACAGGCAUCACCAGAGCCCACUUUCUCCUUUCUCUCGGCCUCCUCACAGUUUGGUCUCCUGACAAGAUAUGAGACAUCCCUCUCCUGUGCACGGACCAGACCCAAAGCUCAUUGGAGAAAGAAAAGCACAAUUAGCAGCUCCAUCCAGGGCUGACUUUGAGAUGCACUUUUGUUUUUAAUAACCACCGUCAACUCAGCGGCCUCCAACCCUGGGAAAGAAACCCGUGGGGCCAGCCGUUCCCAAAGCCUCCAGCCAUGAGGAAGGGAGACGGUAGGUACGCCUCUUGAAGAUGGUGACUCCCUUCUGAGAAGCAGGACCACUUCCUACAAGAGAAGGCUUUCUCCACAGUGACUGGGCUGCUUCACCCCAGGGGCCCGCCGGCCUUUUCUGAGCCACAGCUGAAGGCCUCCACCCUGUUUCAGAAAAUUAAAACAUACUUCCUCGGGGUUACAGAAAGAGUUAAUAAGCCAGACUGCAAGACGUCAAAGCCUUCUAUCUUAUUUAAUACUCUGAAUACAGUUGCAAGGAGAAUAUGAAAAUAUUACUCAGGCUUCUUUGUUUCAUAGCUCUACUGACUUCUUCUCUGGUGGCUGACAAAUGUGAGGAACGUGAAGAGAAAGUUAUUUUAGUUUCAUCUGCACAUGAAAUUGAUGCUCGUUCGUGUCCUCUUACCCUAAGUGAACAUAAAGGCCCUGUAAUUUGGUAUAAAAAUGACAGCAAGACACCCAUAUCUAUGGAAAGAGACUCUAGAAUUCAUCAGCACAAAGAUAAACUUUGGUUUGUUCCUGCUAAAGUAGAGGAUUCAGGAUACUACUACUGUGCAGUGAGAAAUUCAACUUACUGCCUCAAAACUAAAAUAACUGCAGAGUUUGUACAGCAUGAGCCUAACCUGUGUUACAAUGCACAAGCUGUAUUUACACAGAGACUACUGAUUCCAGGAGAUGGACAACUUGUAUGUCCUUAUUUGGAUUUUUUCAAAGAUGAAAACAAUGAGUUACCCCAAAUACAGUGGUAUAAGGAUUGCAAACCUCUACUUCUUGACAAUAUAAACUUUGUUGGAGUAAUGAAUAAGCUCAUCAUCACGAAUGUGACUACGGCGCAUAACGGGCACUAUACGUGUCAUGCAUCCUACACACACUUGGGAGAGCAGUAUCGUAUCACCCGGGCGAUAGAACUGAUUACUCUAGUGAAAGCCAGGAACACGAGACCUGAGAUUGUGCGUCCAGCUAAUGAGACGUUGGAAGUGGUCUUGGGAUCCUGGCUCCAAUUAAUCUGCAAUGUUACCGGCCCAUCAAGUAACUUUGUCUACUGGAGGUGGAAUGGGUCAGCAAUUAAGGAAUAUGAGCCUGUGAUGAUGGAAGAGUUUACAUAUGUGCAGAAUCCUGUCAACAGGAGAAGGAGUACAAUCAUUGCACAGCUUAAUAUUACAGUAGUGGAAAGUAAAUUUUUGCUACAUCCAUUUAUCUGUUUAGCCAAGAAUGCAGAAGGAAAGAGUACAGCAUAUAUCCAAUUAAUACAUCCAGUCCCUGAUUUCCAGACGCCCACGAUUGGUAUAUUUGUCAUGUUAACCUUGGUAAUUACGUGCUCUGUUUUCAUCUAUAAAGUCUUCAAGGUUGACAUUGUGCUUUGGUACAGAGAUUCUUUCUAUGGUUUUCUCCCGAGAAAAGCUUCAGAUGGAAAGACGUAUGAUGCAUACAUACUGUGUCCAAAGACCCCUGAGGAAGGGUCCACCUCUAACUCAGAUAUUUUUGUGUUUAAAGUCUUGCCUGAGGUCUUAGAAAAACAGUGUGGAUAUAAACUGUUCAUCUGUGGCAGAGAUGACUUCGUUGGGGAAAGCAUUGUUGAGGUUGCUAAUGAAAACAUAAAGAAAAGCAGAAGACUGAUUAUCAUUUUGGUCCAAGAAGUAUCGGGAUUCAGAUGGCUGGGGAAUUCAUCUGAAGAGCAGAUAGCCAUGUACAAUGCUCUCAUUCAGGAAGGAAUUAAAGUUGUCCUGCUGGAGCUGGAGAAAAUCCCAGACUAUGAGAAAAUGCCAGAAUCCAUUAAAUUCAUUAAGCAGAAACAGGGGGCCAUACGCUGGUCAGGGGACAUUAGAGAGGGGUCGCAGUCUACAAACUCAAGGUUCUGGAAGAAGGUCAGGUACCACAUGCCGGUCCAGCGCCAGCCACCUUCAGCCAAGGACCAGCUGCUGUCCCCAGCCACUCAGCCGGACUCCAAGGAAAAACAGCCACUGGAGACCCAUGUGCCUCUUGGGUAGUGGAGAAGCUCGGCGGAGAGUUCUUUGGUGACUCCUGUCUUUGGGUAUAGCAGGCUGGGCUGGGCCUCACUGACUUGUACAGUCAUACCACACACCUGUAUAGUCCCUUAUCCCUGAGGUCACCUAGAAUCAGAUUGUUAAGGGAGCAGGAUGUGGUGACAGUUGCCCUGUGGCCAGGGCAACUCAGAGCAGAGGGCUUGGGAAGUCCUUUAACAAGGCAACAGAUGCCGUCUGAAUGUUUGAACUGCUGAGAAAAGGCACUAGGCCAGCAGACGAGGAGUGAACAUGCAGGAACUAUUCACCAUCUAUAGAUGGCUUUAGGAAGUCACCCAUAGUCUGAGGGCAGGGCUGUGGCCCAGUCUGGGGACGGCAGGGUCACUGGUCCUUGAGUGGGUCUCCUGGACAUUGCUGCAGGCACAAUGCAACACAUACUUCCCAGAGAAAUUAGAAGCAUUCUUGGAGAACUUUCCAUUUGCCUUGCAUUUCCCAUACCCCUUAACACAGUCACUUUCCAAAGACAAUUUCCUUUCACAGACCAUUAAAACUGUCAUUUCAAUGAACAAAGGAAUUCUCCAGGAUUUGAAGGGUUUGAAAUAACCUUAGCUUUUUGUAGAAGAGAGAGGAUUUUGAGAACAAGAGUAGCAGAGAAUUGGACCACCUCUUAAUGCCUUCCCCCUGGAAUAACCAUUCGGUUCCACCUUAUUCUUCUGCAUUUUACUUGACUUAUUUGGAAGGACAACUUCCAAGUCACCUCCUCCUUACACUCUGUCACACACACAGCCCACAGAUGAAGCAUCCUUCAUACAAUACUGCCCUAAUCUCAUCCUGCCCUUACCAGAACACCUUCAUGGGCUCCUCCUGAUUGAGGAGCUAAAGUCCACAUUCCCCCACUAGCAUCUCCCCACCACCCCACACAGCUGGGCUCCUCAGUUCUGCUGUGCGAAUCCCCAAGUUGUGCACCUUUACACUUGUCCCCAGUGCUUCUCUAUCUCUGCCUCUCAUUCCUGUCUCCUCUGACUGGAAAUCCUCCUUGCAUUCUCUCCAGUGGACCAGAAUUUUACUGAAGCUCAAAAUUUACUCCUAGUCACUUCCCCCAAGAGAUUGCCCCAAGAAACUGCCCUGAGGCACUUGCUCUCUUUUUCUCAGUUUGAUAGUACUCCAGCUAGGAGCUCUGCUCUCUGCAGGAGAGGUGUGGGUCUGUCUUUUUUGUCAGUGCCUUUAAAAGUAAUUUGCACAUAUAACAUAGAUUUGUGUAGUGCUUUAUUGUUUAAAAAUGUCCACAGAUUAUCUUAUUUAAUUUCUGAAAACCUCUUUUAAGGUUUCCUUUCAUCUCUUCCUUUCAGGCCUUCCCCAUUAAUUAGAUUUUACUGCAUUAUCUGAUGGGUUUUGUUUGUUUGUUUGUUUGUUUUGGUCAUCCUAAGUGUUUAAGAAAAGUUUGCAAAUGCAAUGAUGUGUUUCAUUUCUAGUUCUUAAAGCUGGCUUAAUGGAAUUUUUAUUUUCUCCCUUCUGCUUCUAUUUUAAUUGCAGUAGAAGAAAGAUUGAGCCAUUUUUUAAUGACAUUUUUGAUAAAUUAUGUUUAUACUGGUUAAUGAUGAAGGUUUUUUUUCUUUAAACCUGUUUGUAUAAUUCUGCAGCAGAUACCAAAUAUUUUUAUAUAGUAAGACACCAAAUUCAUGUACAGCACGCAUCAUUGAUCAAUGGACUGUACUUAUUUUCCAGUAAAAUUGUCAAAACUUGAUAUUGACUGUUCUUCA